UGCUGCCGGCGCCGGCCCGUGGGUUGCAGGGCGGGGCUGGGCGCGGCCUCAGCGCCUCCUAGCCGCACCGACUCCUUCGGCAGCCAGUGCUCUCUGUUUGUGCGGCCUCUCCUCGCAUCCUGUGCGGCUCCACCCUCGGUCCCUUCUCAGCUCUCGGAGUCGCCCCUGGCGCCGCCGCCCGACCCGCAGGCCGCCGCGGGCCGCGGAGCCCAUGCUGCAAGGCUUUGGCCGACCAAGUGUUUACCAUGCUGCUAUUGUCAUCUUCCUUGAAUUCUUUGCAUGGGGCCUGUUGACAACUCCAAUGUUGACUGUUCUACAUGAAACAUUUCGUCAACAUACAUUCCUCAUGAAUGGUCUCAUUCAAGGUGUAAAGGGCCUGCUGUCUUUUCUGAGUGCCCCGCUCAUAGGCGCUCUCUCUGAUGUGUGGGGAAGGAAGCCUUUUCUUCUUGGCACAGUUUUCUUCACCUGCUUCCCUAUUCCCCUGAUGAGGAUCAACCCAUGGUGGUAUUUUGCGAUGAUUUCUGUAUCUGGAGUCUUCUCAGUUACGUUCUCUGUGAUAUUUGCCUAUGUAGCUGAUAUUACUCAGGAGCAUGAACGAAGUACUGCUUACGGAUGGGUCUCAGCCACCUUUGCAGCUAGUCUGGUCAGCAGCCCAGCCAUUGGAGCAUACCUUUCUGCUCGUUAUGGAGACAGUCUUGUGGUGUUGGUAGCCACAGUGGUGGCUCUUCUGGACAUCUGUUUCAUCUUGGUGGCUGUUCCAGAAUCUUUGCCAGAGAAAAUAAGACCAGUUUCCUGGGGAGCUCAGAUUUCUUGGAAACAAGCAGACCCUUUUGCGUCAUUGAAGAAAGUUGGGAAAGAUUCCACUGUCUUACUUAUCUGUAUCACCGUGUUCCUUUCAUAUCUUCCCGAAGCUGGACAGUAUUCAAGUUUUUUUCUGUAUCUCAAGCAGGUCAUCGGUUUUGGAUCUGUUGAAAUUGCAGCAUUUAUAGCUAUGGUAGGAAUUCUGUCUAUUGGGGCUCAGACAGUCUUUCUUAGCAUCUUGAUGAGAUCACUGGGGAAUAAGAACACUGUUCUCCUUGGUUUGGGCUUCCAGAUACUGCAACUGGCAUGGUAUGGUUUUGGAUCUCAAGCCUGGAUGAUGUGGGCGGCAGGGAUUGUGGCCGCCAUGUCCAGCAUCACGUUCCCAGCAGUCAGUGCGCUCGUGUCUCGGAACGCAGAGUCAGAUCAACAAGGAGUUGCCCAGGGCAUCAUAACAGGAAUAAGAGGACUAUGCAAUGGCCUGGGACCAGCACUCUAUGGCUUCAUAUUCUACAUGUUCCACGUUGAACUAACUGAGUCGGGCCCGGAAUUGAAUUCUGGCAGUGGUGCCCUACAGGAAGCUGUCAUCCCAGGCCCACCAUUUUUGUUUGGAGCAUGUAUAGUUCUUCUGUCUUUUCUGGUUGCCUUAUUCAUCCCUGAAUACCGUAAAGCCAGUGGAGCUCAAAAACAUAGCAACAGCAUCAGUGGUAGCCUGACCAACACCCCAGAACGGGGCAGUGAUGAGGAUAUUGAACCACUGCUGCAAGACAACAGCAUUUGGGAGCUUUCCUCCUUUGAGGAGCCUGGGAGUCAGAGUACGGAGCUGUAACCGGAAGAAAAGGAGUUCUGCAGAUGUUAACUCUCAGAGCCUUCAGGGGAGCCACACCACAUGGAGACUUCAUGGUGCUGGAAGGGUGAAACUAGAGGCACGUUUUGGCCAGGUUGAUAAAGGAUUCCUUUAUCCUUCCACACCCCAUCUCUCCCUCUUCCUGUUCUUUUCCAUUCUUUUUCUUUUUUUAUACUAGGACAAGAUAAGAUUCGAAUUACUUCUCCAUAAACAGUGUGCAAGUUUCAGGGUUAUCUGGAGUCCAAACUUCGAAACUCAAAUAGAAAAGGUCAUAUCCCUCAGAAAAAAAUGGCUUUCUGCUGGGCAAGCUGGUACAUGCCUGGGAUCCCAGCAUUGAAGAGUCUGAGGCAAGAGGAUUGCAAGUUCAAGGCUGGCCUGGACUACAGAGCAAGUUCAAGACCAGUCUGAGCUACACAGUGAGACCUUGUCUUAGAAAAGAAAAAGGCUUUCCUUUAGUGACUGCAGUAAGUGAGACAGCAGACUGUACACCCUUCUCAGUAGAAGGUGCAGGGUUAUUGUGGAAGUGCCAUCUUGGGCAAGAUUUCAGGUAAAGAUUCUCUUCUUCCUUCCUUCAUCCUCUUCUGGAUGAUACCCUUUUAGCCCACAGGUAUUGAUGAGUGGCCACUCUUAAGAGUUAAUCACUCAGUAUCAGGGACCCAUUGCCUUUAUUCAAAGGUCAAACAGAAAUGCUACAGUUUUACUUUCCCUUUGUUUUUUUUCCUACUUCCUAUGCUUGUCUAGAAUGAAUAAUAAUACUGAUUAGUGAUCACCUUUAGCAGAUGAAGGAAAUCUUUCUUACAAAUUCAAACCAUGUUGAAGUAGCAAAUCAGAUUAGUGGACUUAGUGUCCUGGUCAGAUCUGCAGUGAUUUUACAGAGUAAAACAGAACCUCUUCUGAUUGGGUGUGGUGGUGCACACCUACAAUCCCAGCUACUUGGGAGGCUAAGGCAGGAGUAUUGUGAGUUCGAGACCAGCCUGGACAACGUAGCAAGACCUCCAUCUUAAAAAAAAAAAAAAAAAAAAAAAAACUACUGGCAACAAAGAAAUUGGGGAACUAAACUUCUAAGAAAGUUUUUAAUGACUUGAACAUUCCUGAGAGGCUGAGAGUUAGUUACUGGACACCAGUGGAGUUUAUAUCUCAGUUCCCUCACAAUACAUUAUCACUAUUUGCUCCUUUCCACAUCACCCAUGUCCUCCUCAGCUUUUCUCAUCUGUCACGCACCUGCCUUAACUGCUGUGUAGUAUGCAUAUGUUUUCAAUUAAUCUUUAUCUCAAUCUCUUUAUCAGACUUCUGAAUCUCAUGGGAUACGCACAUUAAAUUCCUUUAUAAAGUAUGAGGGUUUGGUGAAGUCCAGUUUCACAAUAAGUGUCUUGCUAAUUUUUUGAGAUGUUUUAUGGACAAAGACAACUUUACAGAUUUAUAUGUAUUUUGCUGCACAGUAAAUGGACUAUUAACUAGGGCCUUCCUUUAACAAAGCACUCCUUUGAAAGUUUUAUAGGUAUGAAAUAUAUGUAGAUAUUUGUAAGAGUUUUAAUUUUUUUGCUGGGGUGCUGUGUAAAUCUUGUAUUUAUAAAUGUAAUGAAGGUAUUGACAAAAAAUAUAUACAACUUUUAUAAAGGAUUAUGUACUGACAAUACAUUUAAAAGAAAAUAUAUUUUGAAACCUGUUUAGUGAUGAACAGAGAUAACAUAUCUUUUUACUAUGCUGUUGGUUUUUAGGUUAAGCUUCCUAAUGCAUAAUAAAUUUGCAAUGGAUAUAUUUA